GGUGUGGUUUUGGUUGAAGAUCAUAUAAAAGCUGCAGCAGCAGAACCAUCGGCAUCUGUGUCGUAGUAAAACCAACAAGGGCCAAGUCUUCAGUAGCUGCACUGCUUCUUUGAGUCAUGGACGGCACCUUUAACAACCCAAGUGUGUUCAGCAAAGCAGGAUUGAUCACAAAUGAUGAAGAGCUGAGGAUUGUGAUGGUGGGAAAGACUGGAAUCGGAAAAAGUGCCAGUGGAAACACGAUACUGGGUCGAAAGGCUUUUGAGUCAAAGUGCGGUGCUCAGUCUCUGACUGUUUUCUGCAAAAAAGAACAAGCUUUGCUGGGUGAACAGCAGGUUGCUGUCAUUGACACCCCAGGUCUGUUUGACACCAGAUACGACGAGGAGAAAACCACCAAAGAUCUAAGUCAGUGCAUCUCCUUUGCUGCUCCUGGACCCCAUGUCUUUCUGGUGGUCGUCAGUGUGGGAAGGUUCACUGAAGAGGAAGAGAAGUCAGUGGAGAAGAUUCAACAAGUCUUCGGUGAGGCUGCAGACAAAUACAGCAUGGUUCUCUUUACUCGUGGUGAUGACCUUGAUGAAACCAUUGAAGAUUUCAUGAAAGGAUCACCAGGCCUUCAGCAUCUUGUGGCCAGAUGUAACAACCAGUAUCAUGUCUUCAAUAACAAGGACAAAGAGAAUCGUUCUCAGGUCAAUGAGCUGAUGCAAAAGAUUAGGAACAUAGUGAACGAAAAUGGAGGAAGUCAUUACACCAACAAGGAUUUGCAAGAGGCAGAAAGAGCAAUAGAGAAGGAGAAACAGCGUAUCCUGAAAGAGCAGGAAGACAAAAUACGCAGAGAACAAGAGGAAAUGGAACGAAAAAUAGAGGAAAAAUAUGAGAAACAGGCGAAGAAAAUACAAGAAGAAAUGCAAGCUCAGAGGGAGCAAGAGAAAAAAGAGAGGGAGGAAGAGAGGAAAAGAGAGAAAGAUGAGAGGGAUGAGAAGAGACAGAGGGAGAGGAAAGAGAGAGAGGAGGAGAGAAAAAGAGAGAGACAAGAAAAAAGCAAAGAGUUAAAUGACCUAAAGGAAAAACUUGCAAGAGAAAAGAAGGAUGAAGAAGAAAGGAUUAGAUCCAUGUAUGAGGCUCAGGCCAGAAAGGAAGCUGAGGAAUCCAAUCCUUGGAUUAAAUUUGGCCAGUUAUUUACAGAGGCAUUUACUGAACUUGGUAAAGGAAUUCAACAAACGUGCAGUCUGUCUUGAGUGAUUUUAAAUCCAAGUAGUUUAACUCCUCUUGCAAUAAAUCUACAAUUAUUACUUGGGCAAUCAAGAUUAUUGUAUUUCUGGCACAAUUGAGAUAAAAUGUGCUAGAAAAAUUAGUAAAACUCCUAAUACUCAUCAUUGUCAUGAUACCAUCUAGUGUAAGUUUUGGAUGAUUUAAUGUAUAAUCUUUUUUCCCAAAUAAAGUAAUUAGUCCAUUAUCCA